AGCGCCGCUGCUGCCCCGCCUUGCAGGCCUCAGGACUGUCAUCGCCUCUGGGUGUGAGGGUACUUUGGUCACCGUCCCCGGAAAUAGCCGCGCCUGCCUCUCAGAUACCCCAUCCUCCCCACGCCGCUGCCGCUGCCGCCAUGCAAGGGGAGGACGCCAGAUACCUCAAAAGGAAAGUUAAAGGAGGGAACAUUGAUGUACAUCCAUCAGAAAAAGCACUCAUUGUUCAGUAUGAAGUGGAAGCCACCAUUCUUGGAGAAAUGGGGGACCCCAUGCUGGGAGAACGAAAAGAAUGUCAAAAAAUCAUUCGACUUAAGAGUCUCAAUGCCAACACAGAUAUAACUUCCCUGGCAAGGAAGGUGGUUGAAGAAUGUAAACUCAUUCAUCCUUCAAAACUAAAUGAGGUAGAACAGCUAUUGUACUAUCUACAGAACCGCCGUGAUUCAUUGUCAGGAAAAGAGAAAAAAGAAAAAUCAAGCAAGCCUAAAGAUCCACCUCCUUUUGAAGGAAUGGAGAUUGAUGAAGUUGCUAACAUUAAUGACAUGGAUGAAUAUAUUGAGUUAUUAUAUGAAGAUAUCCCUGACAAGGUUCGGGGUUCUGCUUUGAUCCUGCAGCUUGCUCGAAAUCCUGAUAACUUGGAAGAACUACUAUUAAAUGAAACUGCCCUUGGUGCAUUAGCAAGGGUCCUGAGAGAAGACUGGAAGCAAAGUGUCGAGUUAGCUACAAACAUAAUUUACAUCUUUUUUUGCUUUUCCAGCUUUUCUCAGUUUCAUGGACUUAUUACUCACUAUAAAAUUGGAGCUCUGUGUAUGAAUAUUAUUGAUCAUGAGUUAAAAAGACACGAGCUUUGGCAAGAAGAACUUUCAAAGAAGAAGAAAGCUGUUGAUGAAGACCCUGAAAAUCAAACCUUGAGAAAGGAUUAUGAAAAAACCUUUAAAAAGUACCAGGGGCUUGUGGUAAAACAGGAACAGCUAUUACGAGUUGCUCUUUAUUUGCUUCUGAAUCUUGCUGAGGAUACUCGUACCGAACUGAAAAUGAGGAACAAGAACAUAGUUCACAUGUUGGUGAAGGCCCUUGAUCGAGACAAUUUUGAGCUGCUAAUUCUAGUUGUGUCAUUCUUGAAGAAACUCAGCAUUUUUAUGGAGAAUAAAAAUGAUAUGGUGGAAAUGGAUAUUGUUGAAAAACUGGUAAAAAUGAUACCUUGUGAGCAUGAAGACCUGCUGAAUAUCACCCUCCGACUUUUACUAAACCUAUCCUUUGACACAGGACUGAGGAAUAAGAUGGUACAAGUUGGACUGCUUCCCAAGCUCACUGCACUCCUAGGUAUGCUUUUUAAAAAUCAAUGGCAGUGUUGCCUGGAAUUUCCAACAUCACUAGAAAAUUGAGCUCUGUGUUGAAAAGCCUCCUGAACAAAAAGCAUUCUGUCUGUAUUCUUUGAUUGGAAACUAAAUAAU